AUGGUGUCUUGUCCGAUAUGCGGAAACUCGGUAUCAUCUCUGAAAAUCAACGACCAUAUUGAUUCCAAUUGUCAAAACUUUAUUGAUGAGCCAACGUCCAACACUGGGGAAUUGACUUCCUCGCAGAAGGCAGAGGUCCCCAGCUUUUUCCAGCCUACCUCUGCGCGGAAAGCAUCCGCUCAGCCCAACUCGCACCCCGACUCCUCACCUUCGCAGAAUGUUACUCGCAAGAGACCCUCAGCGCCUGAAGCGGAAAUAGUAACUGAUGGCAGCAAGAAGGCGAGAAAUAAUGCAGAGCAAUAUGUGAAGGGGCCGAAAGUGAGCGCAUUGCAGAAGGCAGCGCCGUUAGCAGAGCGCAUGCGACCUCGGACUCUCGAUGAUGUCUGCGGUCAAGACCUCGUUGGCCCCAACGGCGUUCUUCGCGGGCUCAUUGAACAUGACCGGGUCCCAAGUAUGAUAUUGUGGGGUGGGCCCGGAACUGGUAAAACAACGAUUGCAAGGGUUAUCGCUUCAAUGGUGGGGAGCAGGUUUGUAGAAAUCAACAGUACCAGCACUGGGGUUGCAGAGUGCAAGAAGAUAUUCUCUGACGCCAAGAGCGAGCUUCACCUUACGGGAAGAAAGACAAUAAUCUUCUGUGACGAAAUCCACCGCUUCUCUAAAUCACAACAAGAUGUCUUCUUGGGGCCUGUAGAAAGUGGACAGGUUACUCUUAUCGGUGCUACAACCGAAAAUCCCUCCUUCAAAGUCCAGAAUGCACUGCUCUCCAGAUGUAGAACUUUCACUCUGGCAAAGCUUACUGAUGAAGAUGUCAAAUCUAUAUUGGACCGAGCUUUACGGGUGGAGGGGCCAAAAUAUUCGCCUUCUGCCCUGGUAGAUGACGAGUUGAUUAACUACCUCGCAAAGUUUUCUGACGGGGAUGCCCGGACCUCCCUGAAUCUCCUGGAGCUUGCUAUGGAUUUAUCAAAACGCCCGGGGAUCACUAAGGAAGAGUUAAAACGGUCUCUGACUAAAACCCUUGUCUACGAUCGUGCGGGUGACCAACAUUAUGAUACUAUCUCCGCCUUCCACAAGUCCCUCCGAGGCAGCGAUCCAGAUGCUGCCCUGUAUUAUCUCGCCCGCAUGAUUCAGUCAGGCGAGGACCCACUGUACAUUGCUCGCCGUCUGAUCGUAGUGGCGUCGGAAGACAUUGGUCUGGCAGAUAACAGUAUGCUCACUCUGGCUAUUUCUACCCAUUCGGCUGUGGAGAAAGUCGGACUCCCAGAGGCGCGGAUCAACCUCGCCCAUGCGACCGUAGCUAUGGCGUUAUCAAAAAAGAGUACCCGGUCAUACAGAGGCCUCAACAACGCGUUCACAGCAUUGGCAGAACCAGGCGUUGCCGGGCUACCGAUUCCAAUUCAUCUGCGGAACGCCCCCACUCGAUUGAUGAAGGAACUAGGAUAUGGGAAGGAGUACAAGUACAAUCCGAACUAUUUGAAUGGCGAGGUAGCACAGGAAUACUUGCCUGAGAGACUUCAAGGCCGGAAAUUCCUUGAGGAUCUCGAUCUUGGUUGUCAGGUUGACCCAGAUCUCAAUGGCCAGCGUUGA